AUGGGUUCCUUUGUCACUGUGGUUGCCGUAUUGGACACCCCAGACCGAGUUCUCAUGUGUCUGGUGGACCUUGUGAGGAAGGCCAGGAGUCGGAACAUGGGCACGUUCCACCCCUCCUUCGACAUGACCAAAUGCCUUCGAGACGGGCUCCACGCGGAGCUCCCCCACAACGUCCACCAGCUGGUCUCUGGCAAGCUGUACAUCUCACUCACCCGGGUGUCUGAUGGCGAGAACGUGCUGGUGUCGGACUUCCAGUCCAAGGAUGAAGUUGUGGAUGCUGUGCUGUGCUCCUGCUUCAUCCCUUUCUUCUCUGGCUUAAUCCCUCCUUCCUUCAGAGGCGUGCGAUAUGUGGACGGAGGACUGAGCAACAACGUGCCUUUCCUGGACUCCAGGUCCACCAUCACGGUGUCACCCUUCUAUGGAGAGCAUGACAUCUGCCCCAAGGUCAAGUCCACCAACUUCCUCCACCUGAACGUCACCAACCUCAGCCUCCGCGUCUGCAAGGGGAACGUCCACCUCCUGUCCAGAGCACUCUUCCCUCCUGGUCCCAAGGAGAUGGGUGAGCUCUGCUUUCAAGGCUAUGUGGAUGCCUUCCGAUUCCUGGAAGAGAAUGGUACGUGGGGGGCUGUGUGUGCUGGGCCCCAGCCUGGCCUGAGUUUGUCCCCAGAAGAGAUGGAGCCAGAGGACCAUGAGCCCUGCGUGGAUAAGGGAGGCGUGGAGGGGGAGGAGCCUCUGGACCCCCUGCAGCUCAGCGUCGUGGCCUGGGAUGAGGCUUUGUUUGGGAGCCUCUCCCCCAGGCUUACCACAGCCCUGAGUGAAGCCAUGAAGGACAGGGGUGGGUACCUGAGCAGGCUCUGCAACCUGUUACCCGUGCGCAUCCUGUCCUAUGCCCUGCUGCCCUGCACCCUGCCGGUGGAGUCUGCCAUCGCCACUGUCCGCAGACUAGUGACAUGGCUCCCGGAUCUGCCCGAGGACAUCCAGUGGCUGCACUGGGCCACUUCCCAGGUCUGCGCUCGAGCCACCACAUGCCUGCUCCCUUCUUUCAGAUCCCCAGUGUCGUGGAGUGGCCAGCACGGGCCCCGCGUGGAGCCCCGCACAGACCGGCAGGCGACGCUGCGCCCCUGCACAGCUCCCUUCACCCGGGAAGCUCUGCCAGGUGGGAGGCACAUAUCCUCCUGCUGCUCCAACCAGGAGCCGCUCGGCUUCUGUGCCUGCCCCGGGCAGCCGAAUGACCCUGACUCCCUGGGACCCCAGAACCUUCAUACAUCCCCCAUAACAGUGUCCAAACUCGCCAGGUACCAGCGUCCACUCUCCCCAGAUCCCAGUGUCCACACUCCACAGAAUUCAGGAUUCACAUUCCCUCAAUCCCAGUGA